AUGGGUAAUAUCAUAAGUGAUCAUUCACCGAGAUUAAGUUUGGGUGGUAAGAAACGAAGAAAAGUUCAACCACAUAGACAACCUUCAACGAUAUCGGCUACAUCGACAGCAACAGCAAGUUCAUCGGAUUCUACAUCAUCAUUUCGAUAUAUUGACGGUCGAAGAUUCAAUGAAAAUACAAAAUACACCUUACCAAACGAUGAUGAAGAGAUUGAUAGGUUACAUAUGCAACAUUACUUGCAAAGAUACAUAUGGCAAGGAAACUUUUGCGCUCCUGUACAUAAUAUUCUAAGGACCCCUGGCGCAAGAGUUUUAGAUGUUGGAUGUGGACCUGGAACUUGGAUAUUAGAGAUGGCCUUUGAUUACCCAGACACUCAUUUUACCGGAAUUGAUAUAUCACCCAUGUAUCCCAAAGAGAUUAAACCAAAUAACGUGGAAUUUGAAGAAGCUGAUAUAAAUCAAGGACUUCCCUUCGCCGAUAAUACUUUUGACUUUGUUGUGAUGAGAAAUAUGGUCAACGCCUUAAGUGAUGAUGAUUGGCAAAAAGCUUUAAAAGAAUUGGAAAGAGUUUGUAAACCGGGUGGAUUCGUCGAAUGUUUAGAAUUUGAAAUUCCAGGAGUACGUCUCGGACAUACCACAAAACGAAUGGUAGAAGCUUAUAUUCAAAUAAUGCGCACAAAGAAUAUCGAUGUAACAAUAGCACCACGCUUGGAAGAAAUGUUAACAACAAGCACAUCAUUAAUGAAUUUGAAACAUCACGUUAAAAUGGUCCCAUUUGGCAAAUGGGGUGAUAAAGCCGGUAAAAUAAUGGCCGACGAUUUACUUUUAAUAGUAAAAGCCAUUGCACCAAUUCUUAUACCAUUAUGGGGCGUUGGCGCAAGUCAAUAUCAAGAAUUUACAAACGGCUUAGCAAGAGAAUUGGAUAUGGGAAGAGCCUAUUGUAAUAUACAUACGAUUUUCGCUCAAAAAUAUGAUACAUAUCAUUAUAUUUAA